AUGGCUCCCGCAAACCCCACCGGCUUCGACAUGAAGACCUUCAAAGCUGCUGCACAUCCUCAGUCUUCCUGGGCCAAAAAAGACCCAUGGGCACGAUAUGAAGCAUGGCGAUACUCCGGGCCCUUCUCGCGGUGGAACCGAUUUAAGACUGGAUUUCCAGGAUUGGGAAUAGCCACUAUUGCGUUCGGAAUAUACUGCGGCUACGAAUGGGCUUUUCUCACACCAAAACAUCGCGAGGAAAAUCACCACUAG